CUCCAGCCUGUUCUUAACUUUUCUACUCUUCCUUCAGUCUUUAUCUUCCGCCUCCCAAUCCGCAUCCCCACAUCCCUUAUAUCUAUGCCCUCCCCAAUAAACCUCUCCCAUUCAUCAACUGCGUUCUACAUCCUUCAAUUCUUUUCCAGACGGACCAAAACAAUGGAUCCUUGUCCAUUCGUCCGAAUUGUGAUUGGAAACUUGGCGCUGAGGCUUCCUUCCCCAUCCUCAUGGUCUAAGUCAACGACCACCACGACCCUGUGUUACUGUAAAAUCAAGCUCAAAGGCUUCCCAACGCAGUAUUCGACUGUCCCGUGGCUCUCUCAGGAGAGUGGUACUGAUGCGAUUGAGCACAGGAUUCAUGCUGGGUUUAACUUCAAGAAGUUGGAGUUUGAGAAACUUGUUGAGAAAUCGGCCGCCAGAGGUGGGACUUGUGGUUUGAAGAUUGAGAUAUAUACGGGAAAAGGAGGGAAUACUUCUGCAGCUUGCGGGUGGAAGUUGGGUGGGAAACUUUUGGGCAGCGUUUUGGUGCAGCUGGACUUGAAGGCAACGGAGCAUAGUAAUAAAGGGUGCGUGAUUCAGGAUGGAUGGAUUAGUACGGUGGGCGGUGGGAGUGGAAAAGGGGUUGCGUUGCACGUAAACGUGAGAGCUGAGCCAGACCCAAGAUUUGUGUUUCAAUUUGACGGGGAGCCUGAGUGUAGUCCCCAAGUGUUUCAGGUCAAUGGGAACGUCAAACAACCAGUUUUCUCUUGCAAGUUUGGGUUCAGAAGUUGUGGAGAAAGAAAUUUGAGAUCCAGAUCAUCUAUGUCAGAGCCAAACACCAGAACUGGCUGCUUCAGUGCAUCAUUUCCAGCGGAAAAAGAACGACCCUUGAAGGAGCGAAAAGGGUGGUCAAUUACAAUCCACGAUCUAUCUGGUUCACCGGUUGCCGUAGCAUCAAUGGUGACACCAUUUGUUGCCUCACCAGGCUCUGAUAGAGUGAGCAGGUCGAAUCCAGGAGCCUGGCUCAUACUCCGCCCUGGCCACGGAACCUGGAAGCCUUGGGGGCGGCUGGAGGCCUGGAGAGAGCGGAAUGGUGGUGACCAUCUGGGCUACCGCUUUGAACUUAUCCCUGAUGGCAGCAUAGACACCAUCACCCUGGCCAAUUCCUCAUUUAGCACCAAAAAGGGCGGAAAAUUUAGCAUAGACAUUGCUACUGGCGGCACUCCAUUGACCAGCCCCAACAGCAGCUUCGAUUUUAGUUCUGCUUCUUCAGGUUCGGGGUCAGGGUCAGGAUCUUGGGGACAACUGUUGUAUAGAGGGUUCGUCAUGUCGUCUACCGUGGAGGGUGAUGGAAAAUGUAGCAAGCCGGAGGUGGAAAUCGGGGUGCAACAUGUAACUUGCACAGAGGAUGCAGCAGCAUUUGUGGCAUUGGCGGCUGCAGUGGACUUGAGCAUGGAUGCUUGCAGGUCAUUCUCACAAAAGAUUCGAAGAGAAUUAAGACAGCCCGAUCAGGAAUAUUAACCAAAGUUUUAAGUUGCCUCACGACGGCUUUUGCAUUUAGUUACUUGAGAGUUUUUGGAUUAGCGAUUUUAACUAACGUAAACUAGCUACAGUUUCAACUGAUGAUUCUUAUAUAGUACUAGUAUCAGAUAAAAAAGAGUGUACAGUGAUUGACAGCGGUUGUAAUUUUUGUUUUGGCUUCAAAAAUUUUAUUCAUUGUGUACAAUUGUUGUUUGAAUCUUGAA